GUGUGAGCUGCAGCUGGGUUGUGCUGAUAAGGGGAGGUGUAGCAGGAAGAGCAGAGGGCAAGAAAUUUGGCUCGCUGUUUUCUCUCUCGCAUCGAGCAGAUGCCUUUUGUGGAGAAGAAGAGGGAACCUGGAGUUAAAACUGACUUUUCUGUGUCGUUCUGGCAGUGGUGGUAUAUCCUUCCUCCCUCUAUGUAUUGUCUAUGCGGAGAGGCCUCUCACUGACAACAACAGAUCCCUGGCCUCCUAUGGCUUGAAAGAUGGAGACGUGGUGAUUUUACGACAGAAAGAGACCAUAGAGCCACGGCCCUCGAUCCGUUUCCCAGCCCUGCCAAGGAUCGACUUCAGCAGCAUUGCGGUUCCUGGGACGUCGGCUCAGCAGCGUCAGCCACCAGCACAGCGUCUUCGCCCGUCGCCUCCCGAUGCGCCUUUGUUCCCUCAGGGUUUGGAAAACCCAGCAUUGCUACGGGAGAUGCUGCUGGCCAAUCCCCACGAGCUGUCCCUGCUGAAGGAGCGCAAUCCGCCCUUGGCAGAGGCGCUGCUCAGUGGAGACCUCGAUAAAUUUACCAGGGUACUGCUGGAGCAACAGCAGGACCGAGCCCGACGGGAACAAGAGAGGAUCCGACUGUAUUCAGCUGACCCUUUUGAUCUUGAGGCACAAGCCAAGAUAGAAGAAGACAUAAGGCAACAAAAUAUUGAAGAAAAUAUGACGAUAGCAAUGGAAGAGGCGCCCGAGAGCUUUGGCCAGGUGGUGAUGCUUUAUAUUAACUGUAAAGUCAAUGGACAUCCAGUGAAAGCUUUUGUUGACUCAGGUGCCCAGAUGACCAUUAUGAGCCAAGCUUGUGCUGAAAGGUGCAACAUAAUGAGGCUGGUGGAUCGGCGGUGGGCUGGCAUUGCUAAAGGUGUAGGCACUCAGAAGAUAAUUGGCAGAGUGCACUUAGCUCAGGUUCAGAUCGAAGGGGAUUUCCUGGCGUGCUCUUUCUCCAUCCUCGAAGAGCAGCCCAUGGACAUGCUUCUCGGACUGGAUAUGCUUAAGAGGCAUCAGUGUUCCAUUGAUCUCAAGAAGAAUGUGCUGGUGAUUGGCACGACUGGCUCACAGACCACUUUCCUCCCAGAGGGUGAGCUCCCGGAGUGUGCCAGGCUGGCUUACGGGACUGGGCGAGAAGAUGUGCAGCCAGAGGAGAUUGCAGACCAGGAACUAGCAGAAGCAAUACAGAAGUCUGUAGAGGAAGCAGAGAAUAGUGACAAAGAAACUACCUCACUGGAAAUGCCCUCAUUACCAGCUUCUGAUGGGUUUCAAAAUCCAGUCCAGUCUUCAGGACUAAGUUCUAAGAUCUGUAAUCCCACAAAUCAAUUACUUGAUCGAUCUGUCUUUGCCCCUGCUUCAACUUGCUUAUCCAAACCUAGCCUCACAGAGCCCACUGAUCCUGGAGCCGUCAAGUCAAUUGAGUCUUCAACUGAAUGCUGGAUCACCCCAGAAAAAGAUCAUCCUCUUGUGUUACAGCAUCUUUCCAAUAACUCUUCCUUGGCAGAUAAUGACCGCUCUCUCCAGACAGAGGAGGUGAAUUCUUGCAGUCCAGCUUGCCUUUCACAGAAAACACUUGAAGAAACAUUUCUUGCUGACAGUCUAAUGGAAUGUAACGCUAUAGAACAGGGCUGUGGUGAGGAACCUCUUUUGAAAGUGACAAAAGAAAAUAGUUUGACUGACAGCCCUACUAAGCUUGGGCAAAUAGAAGAUGCAUCUCUGCCUUCAGAACUAAAGGAACCAAAACAGAAGAAUGAGUUUGCCAUAAACCAUCAGAUGUGCAAAGAGCCAGAGAAGUUUGAGCAUCUGGAGAAACAAACUGACAAAACUGACCCAGAACAUCCUGGCAAUAUUGGUGGGGUUGAGAAACCUGCUGUGGAAGAAGAGGGCCAUACAGCCAGUCAGCCAGGAAGUCUUCCUGCAGAAAUGAGAGAAGGUAGACUGGAGAAAGCAGAUCUUUCCUGUGUGAAGGGGUGUAUCCAAACAUCCUGUCAUGUGCACAUGGAAGUGGAUACAACUGAGCACUCUGUAGCUGAAGUGCACAUCUCAGCAAGCAAGCAGAAGUGGCAAGCCAAAAAUGGAAGGGCAUCUGACCUGAACUCAGAUGCCUCUUCUAUGGAAGUGGAGUCACUGAAGUCUGCAACUUCCCUGAGUGAUGCAGUUUCCACCUCUGAUGUGUUGCAGUCUAAAAGCACCAGUGGAAUCCCCACAAAGUCUAAUGAGUUGUCCAGUUUAACAGCUGAACACAGUUCUUCCCCCUCCAUCAUUCAUCAACAGGACACAGAUCUGGGUAGACAUUUAGAAGAGCCGUGCUUCUCUCUUGCAUCAGCCUUGAAAGAGCUUCACAAACUCCUGAUCAGCUGUAAAGGAGAAUGUAAACUUCUUACAUCUCAAGUUUCUCAGCUGGAAAUGGUUCACAAAGAGCAAGUACAACAGAAGGGGUUUUCUGAAGAUGAGUGGAUAGUGUCAGAUCCAAAUGGCCAGCAACAGAGUAGUUCCUCCUUUAAUGUGAGAUAUGAAGGUGGAAAAGCAGAGGGGAGCCAGCCUUGUGAUUCUGGCACAGAAAACGUUAGUGUUGGGUCUGUCACUCACAUGGAAUCAGCUCCUGGAGAAGACGCCUCAGAAAUUCCAGAGUUUUCAGUUAAUAAUGAUUUGACUGCAGGGACAUCUGACCAACAGGAGAGCUCUGAGCAGGCAAAGGUUUUGCCAGAAUGGUUCCAGUGUCCGACUUUGGAACAGAACACUGUUUCCUCUAAGCCUGCUUUGGGUGAAGGUACAUCUCAAGAUACUCAGGCAUCACUCACAAAAGCACCUGAGAGAAGCAGCAGUUCUGCUCCUGACGGCCCAGCACCAUUGGGUGGCUGUGAGGAACUACUGCCUGGUCCACCUGCUGAGUCCACUGAACUUCCCUUGGUUGCUUCACCUCCUGCUUUCCCUGCAGCUGAUGUUGAUCGAAUCCUUGGUGCUGGCUUUACCACGCGAGAAGCUCUGGAGGCCCUGGAACAAGCAGAUGGGAAUGCAGAUCUUGCUCUUCUCAUUUUGCUAGCCAAGAGUAUUGUUGUUCCUACAUAACUGUGGAAGAGUGGGUCUUAAGACAUAUCUAAAUUACACAUUGUAACGUGCAAGCAGAAUGUUGAGCCAGAGUUUUUAAUUAUUUGCAGCCAAAGUAACGUGUCUGUUCUGUUUCGCUUGUUAGAUUUGGCCUUUUGAAAGAAAGAAAAUGUCCUCGUAUUGCGUGGAUGGGACAGCUUUUAAUUCAUGUUUUUAUUUAAAUGCAAAAUUUUUGAAUAAGCUCCAGUGUUACGAAUAACAGAAUGGCAGAAGCCAUUGAGAUCACCGCCCUGCCCAGCACAGAGCAAUUGUGACGUGAAUUGAGUGUUGUACUGUGCAGCGGUGGCGAGGCGCACACGGAGUUGUGCAGGCACUGAGUCUGCUGUGACACAGAUGCAGAACUGCUCUAAAUGGGCUUUUGGGGUUGUUGCUGUUUUCUCUCCCCUACACCUUACAACCAAAUGUCUGUGAUGCUAAUGAAACAAUUGUGGCAGGUCCUACAGGUGUGUAAAACUUUGCAGAAGGAAUGGGAGGGUGUCAGGAGUUUUUGGAAGCGUGGGUUUGUGUUUGCGUGGGGAGAGCUGGUGCCUGCUUUUGACAAACCCUCUGUGCUCCUGGGCUGUUGUGUUUAAGUUUACAUUAUGGGGAGAGAGGAUGGAGAGAAAAAGGGGAGGGAGAGAAUUUGGUUCUAGAAAAACUAAGAGAUGUACUGACUUACUUGAAGAUGUGCUGAUAUCAGUUGUAGGUGGGGAGGGGAAGUAGAAAGGGGAAAAGAGUAUUUUACCCUUUUUUUUUUCCUUAACAUUGCCCAUAUCCUGCUCCUCUCUACAAAAGAACGAGCUCAACCACUUGAGGCAAAACCUUGAUGAUGAAACCUCAUAACAAAGCAACUGCAUGUCAUGGCUUUUAAUUGCAUCUAUCCUUGGAAAAUGGUUUCUCUGUGUGCUGCAUGGGGUUGUGAUAAGCAGAAUGAAGAAAUCUGCUUUGCACUAGUUUAUCUGGAUGUUUGGGGAUGAUCAGCCUCUCAGAAACUGCAGAAGUCUGCAGUGCCUGAUGGGCUGCUAAUUGAAUACCUCCUGAAGACCGAGGGCUCCCAGGUGGGGCUUAUGGAACACAUGCUGACAUGGCACCCGUGUCACAGCAUCGUGGCCUUCCAAGAGGUCCCUGGGGAGCAGCCUGCCUGAUCAGGAUGUGCUGAGGCUGUGCUGUAGGAAGCCGUUACCAGAUGCUUUUUUCUCAAGUGAACGACUUCGGGGGGUUUGCAGAGCCUCAAAAUACUCCUGGGGUUGGGAAAGGAAAGCAUGUUGAAAUAUGAUACCAAAUUUUAAGUAGGAACUUUCACUUAAUCUCACUCAUGAAACUCUGGAGUGGCUCCCUGUGAAAGCUUAAACUUUCUGCUUUGGAGCUGACCUGAAGUGACUGAUGGGCAGUGCUGGAAACAUGACUUGUCCGUCGUUCGGUUGUUGUUGUUGUCCCAGACCUCUCCCUGGUGUUUUGUUUUCCCUGCUCCUUAGCAGGUUUGCCUAUGUGUAUGCCAGGCUUUUCUUUCAUGUAGGGUAGCGUUUAAAAACAGCUCAAAUUUGGUUUCAUUUGUGGGCCUGCAGAGUUGUGUGUCUGAGUGGUGGUCAUCAGAUCUUUCUUAGGUGCUUGGGUAGCCAAGAUAUCCGUUAUUAAGAGCUGUAAGGCAUUCCUCUGUUGGAAGCAGCUUUUGCUUGAGUUGUGGGUGUACCAGCGAGGCUCGCUGUCCCCAGACACACUUCACUUAUAUCCCACUGCUGGUGGUCUCAGCAGCAGGCACUGCUCUGCGCUUGCACUGGGAGCAGUGUUUGGCUCUUUGGGAACCCCUCUCCUGAGCAGCAUCGGGUAAUUCCUGCAGGCUCCCUUCAGGAGCUGUUAAUGAGGCAGGAUCACAGCUGUAUGAUCUCUGUGCCGUAGUGAGAGUUGGCCCCAGGUGAAGCUUGUUGGUACUCUGCAGUGAGCGCCCCAAAUAAUCGAGAUCUUGUUCUGCACGGGGUAAUGCUUGGACUGCUAUAGGAGUGCAGACAGCGUCAUCAGAUCUCUCCAGAAGCUUUAGGAAAUAAGAUUUCAAUAUUAGGCCUAUUCACAUCUGAUUCACUACCAAAAACUGUGAGUAGAGCUCAGCUCCAGAGCCUCCUCCCUGGAAGCCGUGUUUCUGCUCCUGAUUCGUGCCGUGGGUCUCAGCGUGAGCCCCAGCUCUGACGUGUGCUCUGUGCACCACCAGCACAGCUGCAGGUUGGCCCUCCAGGAUGCCUGCGGGUUCACUUGCUGCCAGCUCCUUGAAGCAUCAGUGUUAGCCAUUUGAUGUUACACCCUGCUCGUAUUUACACCUUUAUGUUUUUGGAAGCAAUUGCUAAUAGCUAGGUGAAGAACUGCUGCUUUGCACCAAAUUGGUUAAAGUCUCUAGUUUUAUGGCCAUGUUUACUUAGACUGCAUAUACAGAAUUUGUGCUGUAAAGGCUUUAGAGCAUCUGCCAACUCACUUCAGUGCUCAGUUUUAUUCUUUGUCAAAUAAAGGUUUUGAAAUCUGC